GACGCAAGCAAAUGCGGGGCGCACUCUCGCCAGGAACCGUGAUCCGGUCAAUUUCCGACGCCGGCGGGACAUCGCCGUGAUGCCUUCGAGAAGAUAUUUAAACUCCGCUGCUCAUCUUGGCACCAGUGAACCUCAUUCUUCACCCUCAUUCAUACAAUGGCUCCCCUCAAAGUGACGAAGAUCCUCUGCAUUGGUGCUGGAUACGUUGGUGGACCCACCUGCGCUGUCAUCGCGCUCAAGUGCCCGCACAUCAAAGUCACCAUUGUUGAUCUCAACCAAGCGCGUAUCGAUGCGUGGAACAGCGACGACUUCAAGCUUCCCAUCUAUGAGCCUGGACUCGAGGAUGUUGUUCGCCAGUGCCGUGGACGCAACCUUUUCUUCUCCACCGACGUCGAGAACGGCAUCCGGGACGCGGACCUCAUCUUCGUCAGUGUCAACACACCGACGAAGAAGAGCGGCGUUGGUGCUGGUUUUGCCGCUGAUCUGAACUACGUCGAACUGGCCACUCGCCAAAUCGCAGCGGUCGCGACCUCGUCUAAGAUCGUGGUCGAGAAGUCGACCGUCCCAUGUCGUACGGCCGAGUCCAUGCGCACUAUCCUCGAGGCUAACUCGAAGCCGAACUGCCGCUUUGACAUCCUCUCCAACCCCGAGUUCCUCGCCGAAGGCACUGCUAUCAGCGACCUCUUCAGCCCCGACCGUGUCUUGAUCGGUUCCUUGCAGACCCCUGAGGGCAAGGAUGCUUGCGCGUCCCUUGCCGGUGUCUACGCAAACUGGGUUCCGGAAAACCGCAUCUUGACCGUCGGGCUGUGGUCUUCGGAGCUAUCGAAACUGGCCGCUAAUGCGAUGCUUGCCCAGCGCAUUUCCUCAGUGAACGCGCUUUCCGCCAUUUGCGAGGCCACCGGGGCGAACAUUGAUGAGGUUGCACACGCUGUCGGCUAUGAUUCUCGUGUUGGCCCCAAGUUCCUCAAGGCCAGUGUUGGCUUUGGCGGGUCCUGCUUCCAGAAGGACAUUCUCAACCUCGUGUACCUUAGCGAGAGCUUGCACCUACCCGAGGUCGCCGCUUACUGGCGCCAGGUUGUUGAAAUGAACGAGUACCAGAAACGUCGCUUCUCGAAACGUGUUGUGGACACUCUGUUCAACACAAUCACCGGCAAGCGCAUUGCCGUACUUGGCUUUGCCUUCAAGGCGGAUACUGGCGACACUCGCGAGUCUGCUGCCAUCACACUCAUUCGGGACUUUUUGUCUGAACGGGCUAUCGUGAACGUGUUUGAUCCCCAGGUGUCGGAGUCGCAGAUCUGGUACGAUCUCCAGGAGGCCAUGCCCGCAUCGCCUAUCGAGACCAUCAAGAAGCAGGUGAAGAUCUAUUCGUCGGCCUUUGAUGCCUGCAAGGAUGCCGAAGCUGUUGUGAUUGCCACCGAGUGGAAAGAAUUCAAGGAGAUCGAUUGGGCAGAGGUCUACAAACACAUGAAGAAGCCCGCAUUUGUGUUUGAUGGGCGUUUGCUUGUUGAUGCGGAUGCACUGACGAAGAUCGGAUUCAAGGUCACGACCAUCGGCCGCCCUGCCCUUUGAAUGUUUUGUAGAGCUUAGAUUACAUAUGUAUUGGACGGACCUAGUAUAGCUUAAGACCCGGGAUAUACCCUAAACAAAGCUCGCAUUUCAUUGCAUGCAACAACAAUUUAUUCGAUAUGCAAAGGCUCCAAGUUCCAGUAACUCUCCGCAUACUCGUUGAUGGCACGAUCAGAACUGAACUUGCCCAUCUAGAAUGAACUUUCGUCAGCACAGAAACCGGCCGGAAGGUUGGCUUGGCACCUUCGCCGUGGUGCGGAUGGACUUUUUGACCCAUUCCGUGCGAUCCAGGUAAGCCUCAUCCACCAUGGCCAGCGCCGCAAUGUCUGCAGAGCGGAUCAGAGCAAGGAUCAAGGCAGCCAAGGUAACACAUACAAGAGUCGAAGUCGUCACACAACAGAUAGUAGUCUCCUUGCCGAAUCGUGUUGAGCAGAGGUUCAUAGGGCCCUCCAUCCCCAAACAAUCCAGCGGAAACUUGAUUCAAGACGUGUGCCAAAGCAGGACACUUCUCCUCGAUCGGAACUGGAUGAUACGUGUGCUGGUAUCGGAGUUCCUCGACAUCGCUGGACGCCCAGAUCAGUACUCGUCCGUAAACGCGAAACAGGGGGACAGUUACGGUGUCAGGUGCCCAAAGAAG